AGGCCAGAAGAGCAUUAAGGGACCUAAUACUGAAAAAACACCUUCGCUCGUUACGACACUCAAAAGGUUUUUUCUAUGCCCAUGCUAACAAAGGGGGCAAAUAUCUGGCACGCCUGCUGAAGGGCACAGCGCCCUGCACCCAGAUACGUAAAUUAUGUCUUGCAUCGGGCACCAUCUCCCCCUUCCCACAGGAGAUAGCGGAGGAGUUCAAGAACUAUUACCAGGCCCUCUAUAAUCUCCCCGCACCCGGAGGGAACGAUCGUAGCCUGAACAGAACCACAGCAAUGACCAACUACCUACACAAUAACGUCACGGAGAUGGUUAAUCCGGACUCAGCAUCAGCCCUGGAUGCACCUAUCAGCACAGAGGAACUGGCAGCGGCCCUAAAAAAUACCAAAACUUGGAAAAGCACCGGGACCAGACUGCUUUUCCACAGAAUACUAUAUGAAAUUUGCAGGAAGGCUCCUGCCAUGGCUCACAAAAGCUCUAAAUGCUGUGGCAGACG